AUGGCUAAGAAGUCCCCUGCUAUCGGUAUCGAUCUUGGUACUACUUAUUCCUGUGUUGGCGUCUGGAAAAACGACACGGUUGAGAUCAUCGCCAAUGACCAGGGUAACCGUACCACCCCUUCCUAUGUUGCCUUCACCGACACCGAGAGGUUGAUCGGCGAUGCCGCCAAAAACCAGGUUGCCAGGAACCCUGAGAACACCGUCUUUGAUGCCAAGCGUCUCAUUGGCCGCAAGUUCAACGAUCAGGUCGUUCAGCACGAUAUAAAGUUAUGGCCUUUUAAGGUCUCUUCUGGUGCAGAUGGUAAGCCUAUGAUCGAGGUGCACUAUCAGGGCGAGGUCAAGAAGUUCCAUGCUGAAGAGAUCUCGUCUAUGGUGCUGGUAAAGAUGAAGGAGACUGCUGAGGCAUAUCUUGGCACUAAGGUCGACGAUGCCGUCGUCACUGUCCCUGCAUACUUCAACGAUUCUCAGAGACAGGCCACCAAGAUGCCG